CGAUUAUUCGCAAGCCAACGUCCUCCGACAGCGCCAGCAUGAUGAUAGAAAGAUCGAAAUCGCCGGUCCCGAUGGCCAACACCAGAAGAUGUUCGUCGGUGAUAUGGUGCAAGAGGAUUCUGAGCUGGCAACCAAGUUUGGAUAUAACCCGGUGUUCAAGCGAGAAUUCGGAUACCUGGCGACCUUCUCGUUCGCAGUCAGUAUCAGUGGGCUAUUCUCGACGGUUAUGACCACCAUGUCCUACCCGUUAGAAGCAGGAGGCAGCAGUGCCGUGGUCUGGUGUUGGUUUGUAUCGGGCGCUGGCUGCAUGUGCAUUGCAAGUUCUAUUUCUGAGCUGGUUUCUGCGUAUCCCACGUCUGGUGGUUUGUACUUUACCAUUUCCCGACUGGCACCCGACAGUUGGGUUGCCUCCAUCAGUUGGCUGACUGGAUGGCUCAAUCUCCUCGGCCAGGUUGCCGGUGUCGCCUCGUCCGAAUACGGGGCUGCUGAGAUGCUGCUGGCUGCCGUCUCGAUGAGCAGAGACUUCAAGUACGAGAUCGACACCAACACCACCGUGGGCGUCAUGGCUGCGCUGACAAUCAUCACCGGCUGUGCCAACUCGCUGUCGACCUACUGGAUGGAAAAGAUGACCAAGAUGUAUGUCAUCUUCCACGUCUGCGUCCUCGUCUCGUGCGCCAUUGCCCUGCUGGUCAUGACCAAAGACAAGCAUUCAGCCGAGUAUGUCUUUACACAUGUCGAAUCCACGAGUGGCUGGAAACCCAUUGGCUUCAGCUGGUUGUUUGGCUUCUUGUCUGUCAGCUGGACCAUGACCGACUACGACGCCACGGCGCACAUCACCGAGGAAAUGAGCGAUCCUGAGAGGAAAGCACCGUGGGCCAUCUCCCUUGCGAUGCUGUUUACCUAUGUUGCUGGCUUUCUGUUCAACAUCGUCCUGUGCUUCUGCAUGGGCAAUCCCAACGACAUCCUCGAGUCGCCCAUCGACCAGCCGGUCGCGCAGAUCUUCUACAACAGCCUGGGCAAGGGGGGUGGCAUGUUCUUCACGAUCGCUGGAUUGAUCAUCAUCAAGUUUGUCACCUUCACGGCGAUGCAGUCUCUGGGACGUACUGUGUUUGCCUUUUCGCGAGACCGUCUGGUGCCGUUCUCCAAUGUCUGGACCAGAGUCACUCCUUGGACAGGCACUCCUCUGUACGCUGUUUGGAUCUCCGUCUUCUUCUGCAUCGCCAUCAACCUAAUCGGAUUGGGGUCGUAUGCUGCCAUUUCGGGUGUCUUCACCGUCUGUUCCAUUGCUCUUGACUGGAGUUACUGCAUCCCCGUCUUGUGCAAGCUGUUCUUUGGCAAGUUCCAGCCAGGACCAUGGCACAUGGGUCCAUUCAGCACGAUUGUCAACAUCUGGGCUUGCUUGUGGACGCUGUUUGUCAGUGUCAUCUUCGUGCUGCCCACUGCAAUGCCGGUUUCUGCCAACAGUAUGAACUACGCCUGCGUCUUCCUCGUGGCCGUCCUCUUCUUCUCCAUGAUCUACUGGUACAUCCGUGGCAAAUUCGUCUACACUGGCCCCAUCACCGAAGCCGUUGCCGACGAUCUGUCCGAAAGCGACAUUCCAACAGCCCAAAAGACUGACAAAGGAACUCCCGUAUGA